UCUGUGCCAUAACAAGGAAGGAAAAACAAAAGUCUAUUUAUUGAACAAAACACUUGAAGAAGCAUAGCUCAAAUUAAUAGCCACAAAGUUGAUCAACAUACUGUUUGCGUAAUGACAUUGUGAUAAUUCGUACCCGCUAUUUCGAUAAACAAUCAAUAAUGACGCAGUUCAUUUAGAUGAAUGAAAAAGUAAAAAAAAACACAAAAUGGGAGCUUCAUCGGUUUAUCAUGAAAAACAAAUCAAAGAAUUGUGUGCUCUUCAUGCAUUGAACAAUUUAUUCCAAGAUAAAGGAUGCUACAAUAAAGUUCAGCUAGACGAAAUUUGCCGGAAUUUGGCUCCGAAUGACUAUAUCAAUCCACAUAGAUCUAUCUUGGGCCUUGGAAAUUAUGAUAUAAAUGUUAUUAUAACGGCACUGCACAUGAAAGACUGCGAAGCAAUUUGGUUCGACAAACGAAAAGAUCCUUCGUGCAUCGACACCACAACAAUAAUAGGAUUCAUUCUAAAUGUACCAUCAAACUACAAAAUUGGUUUUGUUCGAUUGCCGCUUCAACGAAGACAUUGGAUCAGUGUGAAACAAAUCAAUGGAGAAUAUUGGAACUUGGAUUCGAAAUUAGAUGCACCUCAAGUAAUCGGAGAUGAAUUUCAAACUAUGGAAUACUUACGCAAUCAGCUACAAAGUAAUGAUAAGGAGUUAUUCAUCGUUUGCUCUAAAGGAGUGGAUAAUGACCAGACCUGGUUGCUACCAGAAUACAGGCGAGAAACGUCACAGUAGAAUAAAAAUAGUUGCGAAUUAUGAAAUUAUGGAAAAUACAUUGCAUUUUUCGGAUAAAUAAAUCGGGAU